GUCAUGAUUGGCUUAUGAUGACUUUAGAGAGAAGACGUGACUUGAUCACCGUACUAGCACCAUAAAUUUUACCUAGAAGACUCCAUUCUACUAAAAGUUAUUUUAUAAAAGCAAUAGACCACACUUUCUAUGGGUUUACCGGCGUGAUAACCCACUUGGGAUGUUGGGAGAACACUCGAAAAGCUUGUAAAUCACUCGCCUUCGGCUCGUGAUUUACAAGCUUUUCUCGUGUUCUCCCAACAUCCCGCGUGGGUUAUCACGCCGGUAAACCCAUAGAAAGUGUGGUCUAUUGCUUAAAUAUAACAUAACACGACACAUGUUAUAUAACAAAACCUAACACAUGUUAUAUAACAUCACAUCACAUAAUUAUGUUAGAUAACAAACAUAACUUGUGUUAUAUAACAUCUCAUAACAUAUGUUAUAUAACAUAACAUGACACAUGUUAUAUAAGAAACAUAACAUGACAUGGGUUAUAUAACAUAACAUGACAUGUUAUAUCACAUAACAUCACACGUGUUAUAUAACAUAACAUGACACAUGAUUAUAACAGAACACGACACAUGUUAUAUAACAAACAUAACCAUAGCAUAACAUAUGUUAUAUAACAUAAGAUAACAUAUGUUAUAUAACAUAACAUGACCUAUGUUAUAUAACAAACAUAACAUGUGUUAUAUAACAUGACAUGACAUGUUUUAUACAAUGACAUGACGUAUGUUAUAUUACAUGAAAUAACAUAUAUGUUAUAUAACAGAACAUGACAAAUGAUUACAACAUAACACGACACGUUAUAUAACAUAACAUGACACAUGUUAUAUAACAAACAUGAUAUGACAUAUGUUAUAUAACAUAACAUGACACGUGUUAUAUAACAAAACCUAACACAUGUUAGAUAACAUAACAUCACAUGUGUUAUAUAACAAACAACAUGACACGUGUUAUAUAACAUGACAUGACAUGUUAUAUAACAUAACAUCACAUAUGUUAUAUAACAAACAUAACAUGUUAUAUAACAUAACAUAACAUAUGUUAUGAAACAAGCAUGCAUAACAUGUGUUAUAUAACAUGACAUCACAUGUUUUAUAGAAUGACAUGACGUAUGUUAUAACAUGAAAUAACAUAUGUUAUAUAACAGAACAUGACACGUGUUAUAUAACAUAACAACGACACAUGUUAUAUAACAUAACAUGACACAUGAUUGUAACAUAACACGACAUGUUAUAUAACAUAACAUGAAACAUGUUAGAUAACAAACAUGACAUAUGUUAUAUAACAUAACAUGAAACGUGUUAUAAAACAAGCAUAACAUGUGUUAUAUAACAUGACAUCACAUGUUUUAUACAAUGACAUGACGUAUGUUAUAACAUGUAAUAUCAUAUGUUAUAUAACAGAACAUGACACAUGUUAUGUUAUAUAACAAACAUAACAUGACAUGACAUAAUAAAUAUGUUAUAUAAAUAACAUGACACAUGUUAUAUAACAAAAAUAACAUAUGUUAUAUGACAUAACAUUAAACGUGUUAUAUAACAUAACAUGACAUGUUAUAUAUAAAAAAAAACCAGACGUAUGUUAUAAAACAAACAUAACAUGUGUUAUAUAACUUGACAUCACAUGUUUUAUACAAUGACAUGACGUAUGUUAUAUAACAUGAAAUAACAUAUGUUAUAUAACAGGACAUGACACCUGUUAUGUAAGAUAACAACGACACGUGUUAUAUAACAUAACAUGACACAUGAUUAUAACAUAACACGACAUGUUAUAUAACAAACAUGACAUAUGUUAUAUAACAGAACAUGAAACGUGUUAUAUAACAACAUGACACAUGAUUAUAACAUAACAUGACAUAUGUUAUAUAACAAAACAUGACACGUGUUAUCUAACAUAACAUGACACAUGAUUAUAACAUAACACGAUACAUGUUAUAUAACAUGACACAUGAUCAAAAGAUAACAUGACACAUGUUAUAUAAUAUAACAUGACACAGGUUAUAUAACAACAUGACACAUGGUUAUAACAUAACAUGACAUGUGUUGUAUAACAUAACAUGACGCAUGUUAUAUAACAUAACAUGACACAAUUAUAACAUAACAUGACACAUGUUAGAUAACAAACAUAACAUGACAUUACAUAUGUUAUAUAACAUAACGUGACAUGGGUUAUAUAACAUAACAUCACACGUGUUAUAUAACAUAACAUCACACAUGAUUAUAACAGAGCACGACACAUGUUAUAUAACAUAACACGACACAUGUUAUAUAACAUAACACGACACAUGUUAUAUAACAUAACAUGGCACAUGUUAUAAAACAUGACAUAUGUUGUAUAACAUAACAUGACACGUGUUAUAUAAGAUAACACAACACAUGUUAUAUAAGAUAACAUGACAUAUAUUAUAUAACAAAAAUAACAUAACGUGUUAUAUAAAAUCACAUGAGAUAUGUUAUAUAACAUAACAUGACAUGUGUUAUAUAACAUAAUAUGACGCAUGUUAUAUAACAUAACA